AUUCAGGCUACAGCUUCCCUCAGUUCCUGUUUCCGCCACGGCUUUUCGGCUGAAUUUGUACCACAUUACUGAGGCAUCAGUCUGUAUCGUCUUAGCCCUUGCGGAUCUACUGGAAUUCUUCUGUGCCAAGUGAAGGGGUGGACAGGAAGGAGCGAGAGCGGGAAGCCGGAGUGGACGCGGGAGGCUGAAUGAGAGCCGGCAGCCAGAGCCACAGGGAUCUGGAGCGAGGCGAGGAGCCGAGCAGCGCUGCUCAGUGAAGAGGAAGAGGAGGAGGAGGAGGAGGAGGAGGAGAGGGCCGGAACAGCAAGGGACCGGGCAGGGCAACGACGCAGAGGCAGCAAUCGGCGCCCCCUGGAGGCGAGGCCAUGUGCUAAUUCCAGGCUAGAGAGGAAGCCGAACCGAAACGCUCCCCUCCUCCUCCCUCCUUCCCUCUCUCUUGGCCCACGCGUCCUCCGAGCUGCGGCCCCCGCCCUCCGGACGCCACCCUCCCCCCGCGGCGGUGAAGAUGCCCUCGGGCGCGGCGUUGUGACGGGAACGCACUCACGUCCCCCCCCAGCCGGGAGAGAAAGAUGCGCCCAUGGACGGGGUCCUGGCGCUGGAUCAUGCUGGUCCUGCUGGCCUGGGGCACCCUGCUCUUCUACAUCGGGGGCCACCUGGUGCGGGACAGCGAGCACCCCGACCGCUCCAGCCGCGAGCUCUCCAAAAUCCUGGCCAAGCUGGAGCGGCUCAAGCAGCAGAACGAGGACCUGCGCAGGAUGGCCGAGUCCCUCAGGAUGCCCGAAGGCCAGGCUGAGGUGGGCCCGGCGGCGGCCGGCCGACUCCGCACGCUGGAGGAGCAGCUGAAGCGAGCGAAGGAGAAGAUCGACAGCCUCCACAGGCUGUCCGGAGAUGCAGGCCCAGGGAAGGAGCAGGAGGUCCUGCGGAGGAAGAUUGAGAACGGCGUGAAGGAGCUGUGGUACCUGGUGCGCAGCGAGGUGAAGAAGCUCAGCCACAUGGAGGCAGGAGACCUGCAGAGGCACAGCGACACCCUGCUGCAGGACCUGGGGCACCAGCAGAGGUCCAUCAUGACGGACCUGUUCUACCUCAGCCAGGCCGACGGCGCUGGGGAGUGGCGGGAGAAGGAGGCCAAGCACCUGUCCGACCUGGUCCAGAACAGACUCAAUUACCUGCAGAACCCCAAGGACUGCAGCAAGGCCAGGAAGCUGGUGUGCAACAUCAACAAGGGCUGCGGGUACGGCUGCCAGCUGCACCACGUGGUGUACUGCUUCAUGAUCGCCUACGGCACGCAGCGCACCCUCAUUCUGGAGUCGCAGAACUGGCGCUAUGCCACCGGCGGCUGGGAGACCGUCUUCCGGCCCGUCAGCGACACCUGCACCGACCGCACCGGCGCCUCCACCGGCCACUGGUCAGGUGAGGCCAACGAUCGGGACGUCCAGGUGGUCGAGCUUCCUAUCGUGGACAGUCUCCACCCUCGCCCCCCCUACCUGCCUUUGGCCAUCCCUGAAGACCUGGCGGAUCGCCUGCACCGUCUCCAUGGUGACCCCUCCGUCUGGUGGGUGUCGCAGUUUGUGAAGUACCUGAUCCGUCCCCAGGCCUGGCUGGAGAAGGAAAUCCAUGAGGCCACCACCAAACUGGGCUUCAAGCACCCCAUCAUUGGGGUGCACGUGCGCCGGACGGACAAGGUGGGGACGGAGGCGGCGUUCCACCCCAUCGAGGAGUACAUGGUGCACGUGGAGGAGCACUUCCAGCUCCUGGCCCGCCGCAUGCACGUGGACAAGAAGCGAGUCUACCUGGCCACCGACGACCCCUCUCUGCUCCAAGAGGCCCAGGCCAAGUACCAGGACUACGAGUUCAUCAGCGACAACUCCAUCUCGUGGUCGGCUGGCCUGCACAACCGCUACACAGAGAACUCCCUGCGGGGUGUGAUCCUGGACAUCCACUUCCUGUCUCAGACUGACUUCCUGGUCUGCACGUUCUCCUCACAGGUGUGCCGCGUGGCCUACGAGAUCAUGCAGACUCUGCACCCCGAUGCCUCCUCCUUCUUCUACUCGCUCGACGACAUCUACUACUUUGGGGGGCAGAACGCGCACAACCAGAUAGCUAUAUACCCCCACCAGCCCCGAAAUGGCGAGGACAUCCCGCUGGAGCCUGGGGACAUCAUCGGGGUCGCCGGCAACCACUGGGACGGUUACUCCAAGGGCAUCAACCGAAAAAUGGGGAGGACGGGCCUCUACCCCUCAUACAAAGUGAAGGAGAAGAUUGAGACGGUGAAGUACCCCACGUACCCCGAGGCAGACAAGCUGUUGCACCUAUAAAGGGAUUGGGAGAGAGCAAGAGAAAGAGAGAGAGAGAGACUCGGAACCAGAUGGAAGAUUACACACUUACUAACAGAAGAGAGGGACACAGGCCCCAAGGGAAGAGAAUGCACUGAGAGUGUGUGUGUGCGGUGUGUGUGUGUGUGUGCAUGUGUGCGUGUAUAGGUGUGUGGGUACCUGACUCUCAUCCCACCCCACCUGACUUGGGGCACACCUCCUUCUAAACCAUCAGGGUUUAAAAUAAAUAAAUAAACAUUAAAUUGUAUGAAGAAGUGAGAACCGAACAGGAGGCCGAAAAAGCCACCGUCGAAACUCCCACUCGCGAGGGGCGGGGUUGGUGACUGUGACGUCUCCGUGACGACGUCGGCUUUCGGAGCGACGGCGACGGACAGUAAUCGCAGACUGGAAAACGAGCUUUCGUUUCAUCCGACUCUUUUGUUUUUCGUGUUAUUGUCUUUUUCUUUUCUCCCUGUGCUGACUUAUCUCUCCCACCCCGCCCCACGUGCUCAUUGAAUGUAUCCUCCUUUUGCCAAACUCACUCCACCUCUCCCUGUGUCACCUUUCGCCGCCCAGCCCCCUUGGCCGUCUCGUCCCUUUCACAUGCUAUUAAUUUCAAGCUGCCAUGUUGUGCUUUCUAACGAGCGGGCGGAGCCUUCCUAAUUCUAGGGUGCGGCGGGGUGCGUGUGCGGAGCAGCUUGGGAUGGGGGGAAGCGCAAGUUCGGUGCCUGAGAGAGCGAGCGGCCAUCCCCUCGUUUCCCUUCUGAAGUGUGCUUGCGGCGCUGAUGAUGAAAGCAGUGACAUCAGAGCCUUCGCCACCGGGGGGGGGCGGGCGUUCCACACGCUGGUGCGCUACAAAGGACAAAGGACCGAUG